CGUCGGCACGCAUCAAUCGGCCGACCUCGUCGAAGCUUUUCGCGUCGAAUUUGCGAAUCUCGUCGGAAUUUCAUCGUACGUUUCCCAUAUUGGCGUAGAAACCCGAGAUUGUUAAACGAAACAACUUUAAAGAGUUUCAAAAUGUCCGUCGCGCGCGCGCGCGUUUGCGAAUGUGUGCGUCUGUCGCGUCUGUCUCGUCUCAGUCGGUUGCAUGGCGUCCUGCGUAGUGCAUACGUGUGUCUGAAAACACCGGAAAAUUCGACCCGGUCGUACGUGCACGCCGCCGAAGUCGACGUACGCGAGUAAUUGGCCGCGCGACGAGAGUAAGAAAGGCUAUUAAUAUUCGAGCUGAGAGAGAGAGAGAGAGAGAGAAAGAGCGGUGAGAAAAACAGCGGCGACGAGCUUUAGCGGGCCAGCAAAAGAGUGAGAGAGAGAGAGAACGAGCGAAUGAGAGAGAGAGCGAAUGAGAGAGUGUGAGAAGGAGAGAAAACGAGCGGCGUAGAUAGCGGCAAGGUAGCGAGAAACAUUUUCUUUGACUAAGUGGGGGACCUCGCGCGGUCUUGCGUUUGCAUAAAAAGAUCGGAUAAGAACGAAAAAAGGGUGUGAGAGAGAGAUUAACUUGGGCGCGACUAAAUAGGCACGCCGUUAAAAAAAACGCUAUCGUUGGCCAUGGGUAAGACGCUAAAGAAGGCGGCCCCUGGGGGCGAUGAGAGGAAUUUGUACGUUCGGAGGUUCGGAGGUACAACGUCCGCGUCGUCGAGAGCUUCUGAACAGCGCGAGUCCGAGAGUUCGAACAGAUCAAAACUGACCGGAACGCAGAAAAAAAUCCCAAUUACACCAGGAAAACCUUUCAAGAGCAAACCUCGUACUCCGACCAAAAGUGGCCUGGUUCAAGCGGCAAAGCAAAUAAAAAAACCAAUGAAACAUCCAGAAGCAAAAACUGCAAACAUGCAGUCAGAAGGGGAGAUCAAAUCAGUUUCAAUUCAAAAAGAAGGUGCCAAAGAAGAAAAUGGUAACAAAGCCGUAGCACUCGAGGAUAAAAAACAUGUUGAUCAGAUAUCAAGUGAACUUCAAAGUUCUCCGAAAAUUGUUCAGGAAGUAAUAUCCGCAGAGAACAAAGCUACUCAAGAGAAAGAAGAAGUUUCAUUAGAAAAUUCUAAUAUUGAAACCAAAGAGUCGCAACAGGAAGAACAAGAUGAAGAUAUAAAAUUAACAUUGGAAACAGAAAGUGUCACAGAAAACGGAGAUAAUAAGUCAACUGACAACAAGCAACCGCAGGAUGAUCAGAAAACGACCGGAACUGCAGCACAAGAAGAGCUGAAGAACGGUAUAAACGACAAAGAAGAAAUACAAAGCGAAGUUCCAACAGACACAGAGAGUUAUUCGGUGGACAUUGUCGAAUCGACAACGUCCGAGGUAUCCGAAACAUCGGAGUCUGUAUCUCAAAGUGACUUGCAGAAGGAUAAGGAAAAGGACGACACUGUAAAUAAUGAUGAUGCAUCAUUCAUUACUUACAACUCGUCUAUAAUGCUGAAAGACGUGCAAAUUAGACUCAACGAUUGUCUGAAAGAUAACUCGAAGCUCUUUGAGGUGAGCAAUACGGAAGACACGCCGAGUCUACAGUCGAAGGACUUAUCGUUCGGAAAAACACUUAGAAACAUCUCCGGAAGACACUCGAUCAACAGAAUGCGCCACGUGACGUUGCGCGAGAGAAGGAUAUCACCGAAUAGCUCUCUCUUCGUCAACACGUCGACCAUGUCGAUAGCACACGAUGAGGGAGCGGAAUCUAAGGUCUUGCAUUACAACAGCGACGUGCUAUCAAAAACGUUCCCUACAAACGGUAGCCCCUUGGAAAGGAAACGUAAGAUCGAAACAGCGGAAUGGGAAUCCAGCAAAAAGCCGAAAACAGCCAACGAGAGCGGCUUGUUAAAUACAUCCCUAGGUUUUUUGAAAGGCUUUAGUAGAAUGCAGGUAUCAACACCAAAAGCCACAAAUCCUUACAAAUUUACAUCCACUCGAUUAAACAUUAGCGGUAUAAGGGAUGAUGACGACACAAUAAAGGCCGAGUCGACUGAGAGUACAAAGAAGUGGUGUGUCAUCAUGUAAAUUUGCCAUGAUAAAAUCAUUUGUUAUCAUAUAUAUAUAUAUAUAUAAAAGAGAAAAGUUUUAUAUUUCCCAUAAAAUGACAGAAAAGAGAUUGAGCGCGCUUCUCGAAACAUUAAUGUCACUUUUGUUGACAGUGAGCAACUUUUUUUUUUUUACGAUUUAGAAGCUAACGAAUAUUUGGUUUCUGAUGUUUCUGAAAUUUUUCCGAUCAGAUCCGCGGGUUAUUUUUCGUGUAACUUUUUCAAGAUUCUUUUUCCAAGACAUUUAAAAUAUACGUUCGCAUCUGCUCUAUAAUUAAAUUAAUAAUUCAGUACUAUUCCUACCGCAUCAAUUGCUCAAAACUCUAACGUAUUAUACUUCAUCGAAUUGCCCACUGACUUCGAAUUAUCAUUUGCGAAGAAAAAUGUAAACUGUAAUGACAAAAAAGAAAGAGUACAAGUUUUUGAGACUUUUGAAACAUGACUAUUUUACAAAAGAGAUUUGAGUUCACUUUGAAGAAACUGUGUGAAAGAUAGAAUAAUUAUUAAGCAUUUUCUCCGCAUGUACAGAAAUGUAAUGAUGUAUUUAAUUUCGGUACAUGUAAAUUACGUCUCACGUAAUUUGAUAUUUAUCUUUGAUGUAAUUCCUUAGGUAGAAACUAACCCAGUAAGUAAUAAAUGAAUAAGUUUUACUCUAAACCUCUGGAAAUAGUUUAUAGAAUGCAACUCUAGAGAGAGAUAUAUAUAUAUAUAUAUAUAUACAUAUAUAUAUAUUAAUUUGACAAAAUAUUUACUUGAUGAUAUUUUCUUGCCUAUGUUACUUCUGCGGAUUAUACACACGGUUAAGAUACUAUUUUUUUGGGAGAAAUUUUAUGUUUCACCUAUAUAUACAAUAGACACACUUAUGCAAUAUGUUAUGUACUACUUAUGAAAAGACAUAUCCCUCCGCAUUUUUUAGUUGUUUAAUGAAGUACAAUAUUUAUAUUUCAAUAAUCUGUGUUAAUUGACGAGAGCCCACUUCGAGGGCUCACACAAAUAUAUGUUGUGUUGUUGUACGCAGCGCAAAAUAUUUCGAAUCGAACAAAUAAUUCGUAAAAAUUUAAUAUGAAUUGAAUAAAUAUUGAAUAAAUUAUUUUUCUAUAGUUUGAGAGAUAAUAUUGUUGAUGGUGAAACAAGUUUGCAAUGUUGCGCUCUCAAAUUUACAACCAAAUCAGCCAGUGGCUUUUUACAAAUCUGUGUUUCGCUCGAAUAAAAUAAUAUUCUUGUUGGGUAUUAUUAAAAAUUAAAGUAGCUCGUAAGAUUUAUGAUUGUCAUUGAUUGCUAUUGCGAUGUUACAAGUUACACAAAAGUUACAUGAAAUGUUACACGCGCGCGUAAUAUUGUAAUCUCUUUCUUAAUCAACGUAAAUGGGGGAUUUUGUAUUUUUAAGAAGACAGGAUGAUCUUCGCAACUUUAUCCGAAACAAGAAUACUCAUUUUUAUCAAAGCGAAUAAAUGUCCAAAUAAAUGUUAUACAAAACUGUGUUACAAAUAUGUAAGAUGCGGAUACGAGACUGUAUUGAUGUACAGUGUAUCUUUUUUUUUAAUUAAGAGCCAAACUCUCGAAAUGACGUGAAAACAUGUACGGUAUCUAAAAGGAUCUCACACACUUCGUAUGCAAAUUUUUUUAUCUCUCGAACAAUUUGUACAUUCAAGAUUCGCGGAUUUUCAUUUUAUCUGCCAUAGAGGUGUACAUGUAGUGUACAUCUUCGUGUCAUUUGUUAGAAGAAGGGGGGUUUAUUACAACAUUGCCUUUAUAUCAGAUCUUUGUUGAAAUAUGCGUACCAUAUGUAUCAAGUUAGAUAUAUCUUCCGUCGAGAAUUAGAAACGAUUAAGACAAAUCGACCAAAGUAAUUUUCCAAUGUCAGUCGAUCUAUUCGUUUAGGUCUGUAGGGUGAGUGGUUAUUAAUUGCUGGUGUGUACAUUUAAUGUCUCGCGGGGAAAGCCGGCGUUUGCUUGCCGCGAUGACGGUUUGCUCGCCAUGACAACCCUUCGCAUUAAAAUUAAUAACUAUUCAAGAACUAAACGAAUAAUUACUAGGACAUAACUUUUAUACUUGUUCGAUUAGUAGAAGUUUUUGGAAGUAUAUCCAAGAGUGUACAUAGAAACCUGAGAUUUAUAUAAUAAAUUUGUCAAAAAUGAAAGCUUAUCGAUUAUUUUAC